UGUCCGCACAUAGGACUUCUUCAAGCAUCUAGCUUUGAUAUCUCCGACCCUUAUAUCCUCUAUUCUGUAAAUAUUCUUAGGGACAUUUAUCAUCAUCACCAUCCAUUUUCAUCCGCACACACACUUGAGUUCAUACGAAAAAUGCUAGCCAAAUGUUUCUUUUGCAUCUGCGGCUCGGGGACUUCCGACGAACCCCUCAUGAGGUUUAAAGGUUAUCAAUGGGAGAUUUACACUCUCAAGGAGAUUCUUCAUGCUACGAACAACUUCCACGAUGAUAACAAGCUCGGUGAGGGCGGAUUUGGAAGCGUCUACUGGGGUCGAAAUAGUAAAGGCGAAGAGAUAGCAGUGAAACGGCUCAAGCACAUGACGGCUAAGGGUGAGAUGGAAUUCGCGGUGGAAGUGGAGAUACUAGGAAGGGUAAGACAUAAGAAUUUGUUGGGGCUGAGGGGAUUUUACGCAGGCGGAGAUGAGAGGCUCAUAGUCUACGAUUACAUGCCUAAUCACAGCUUAAUCACUCACUUACAUGGCCACCUUGCGGCUGAUGUUCUGUUGGAUUGGUCACGGAGGAUGAGAAUUGCCAUCGGAUCGGCAGAGGGACUAGCGUACUUGCACCAUGAAGCGAACCCUCACAUCAUACACAGAGAUAUAAAGGCGAGCAACGUGCUCUUGGACGCUGAUUACCAGGCGAAAGUAGCGGAUUUCGGGUUCGCGAAGCUGAUACCAGAAGGUGUAACCCAUCUCACGACGAGGGUGAAAGGGACGCUCGGAUAUCUCGCCCCGGAGUACGCCAUGUGGGGGAAGGUAUCCGAGAGCUGCGAUGUUUAUAGCUUUGGGAUCCUUUUGCUGGAGAUAAUCAGUGCUAGGAAGCCGAUAGAGAAACUCCCAGGUGGGAUUAAGCGGGACAUUGUACAGUGGGCCAAGCCGUAUAUCGAAAAAGGCGCUCUAGAUCAGAUUGUUGAUCCAAGGUUGAAAGGUAGGUUCGACCACACCCAGCUGAAGUGUGCAGUUAUAGUUGCAUUAAGGUGCACCGAUUCGAACCCGGACAGUAGGCCCACAAUGAUCGAGAUCCUAGAGUCGCUUAGGGGUGGCGGGGGGGAGAGGCGGAAGAAACAAGUGGUGCUAGUGAGGAACAUGAUCGAGGAGGAGGACGACGACGACAAUGAUGAUGAACGAUUUGGUGCAACUCCAAAUGUGAGAAUGAGGAGUUCGUGGGCUGGAUCAAGAGUGCGCUGAUACUUUUGUGGGCUUGGGCCUUGGCCUCUUAAACCUGAACGAGGACCGUGGACUCAUGUAUAUCUUUCGUUUGUGAUUUUUUGUGAAUGAUGGUGGAUGAUAAAUGUGUUCAUUUCAACGGAGAUAUAUGUGCCCCCUUGUGGCCUUGUUCAUCUCUCCCUUGCGACCAUACUC